AAAUGAAACCACCGUUUUGACUUGUGAUGAUGAAUAAAAAUGGAAUCAAAAACACCUUCACCAAUCCAUUCUCCAUUCUGAAUCGCCCUUUCAGACACACUCGAUGUUUCAACAAGAUCCCAUUCGACGAGAUUAUCCUCGAAAUCUUAGCAAGAUUACCCAUCAAAUCUCUGUUUCGAACCAAGUGCGUUUGCAAACUCUGGUACAAAUUAGCCUCACACCGAUCAUUCACCCUAGCUUACAAUGAAUUGUCUGUGAAAAAUGUUAUGGUUCUUGUGGAAGUUACAGAAUCAUCCACAGAAUCAACCUCAAGUCUGAUUCUGAUUGAUAACAAGAGGGGCGUGUCUGAAUUCUCCCUGGAUUUUGUGAAAGAUAGAGUCAAAAUUAGGGCUUCUUGCAAUGGAUUACUGUGUUGUUCUAGUGUUCCUGAUAAGGGUGUUUAUUAUGUUUGUAAUCCCAUGACUCGAGAGUUUAAAUUGCUUCCAAGGAGUCGAGAGCGUCCCAUCACUCGUUUUUAUCCGGAUGGGGAAGCAACCCUUGUGGGUCUUUGUUGUGAUUUGUUAAGCAAUAGAUAUAAUGUUGUUUUGGCGGGUUAUCAUCGGAUGUUUGGUCAUAGACCGGAGGGGAAACUGAUAUGUUGGGUGUUCGAUUCUGAGUCGAAUAAGUGGCGAAAAUACGUUUGUGAUGAAGAUGAUCAUGGGUUUACGCAUAUGAAUCGGAAUCAGGUUGUGUUUGUGAAGGGGUGUCUCCAUUGGAUGACUCAAAGUUUCAGUUACAUUCUUGUUCUUGAUUUGAAGUUGGAUUUAUGGAGAAGGAUGGUGUUGCCUGCUGAAAUGGGAUGUGGGAACGGAAGCGGGAAUAGGGUGUACUUGUUGGAAUCACAAGGGAAACUGUCGGUGAUUCAGAUAUGUAGCGGGUGGAUGAACAUGUGGGUGUUGGAAGAUUAUGAAAAAGGGAAAUGGGAUUUGAUGGAUCGUGUGAGUUUGCGUUGUAUUCGUGGAAUGGUGCCUGGGAUAUUCCCGAUAAGUCAAGGUGGUGAUUACGUGUUUCUUGCUGGGCAUAAGCAGGUAUUGGUGUAUCAAAGGAAAACAAGAAUUUGGAAGGAAAUGUAUUCUGUGAAGAACAACUGUACGAUGCCAUUGUGGUUCUCUGCACAUUCAUUCCGGGGCACAAUCUAUAAGGUGUGUUAAUUUACUUGAAACUUGAGCAGGGAGGUUGAAAAGAAUGCUUUGUAUAUAUCUAUAUCUAUUGGUGAAAAGUUGGGAUGUUUGAAUGUGGUUUGUUGAUUGCAAGUAGACAAAUAAAGGUGGUUACUUCAUCUUCAUCUUCA